AUGGAGUACUCUUAUCACUAUAACCCGGACCGCUUGUCUACACAGGCAGAGGCCACUGCGGCCGUCUGUAUGCAAAAUCUCUCUGAGUGGAUGCAUGCCGUCGAUGAAAUUCGCACCUGGCCAGAAUACACCGAACAGCCUCUACGCACUCUUCCCAAACAGGCACAAAAGCUAGGAAUCCAGGAAAUAUUCGUCAAAGACGAAAGCAGACGCUUUGGAACUGAACUCGGCUCCUUCAAGGCACUUGGUGCACCUUACUCAGUUUAUAAGAUUUUGGCGGAGGAGGUGCACGCAAAAAAGGGUGUCUGUCCGACAGCAGCUGAACUCCGUACGGACGAGUACCGUGACAUCACGCAGCGCGUUACUGUCUGCGUCGCGACGGACGGCAACCAAGGCCGUGGAUUGGCGUACGGUGCCAAAAUAUUCGGCUGUCGAUGCGUCAAUUACAUUCACAAUCAUGUAAGCGACGGUCGCGCCAAGCGUAUGAUGAAUUUGGGCGCGGUUGUGAUUCGAAUUGACGGCGAAUAUGAAGCUUCCGUUAGUCGGGCGAAGGAAGAUGCUCGCAUGAACGGCUGGUACUUCGUUAGCAGUACCUCCUGGUCCGACUUCGAUAAUGACGUGCCUCAGCACGUCAUGAACGCCUAUAUGGUCGUACUGGAGGAGGCAGUCGCUUUAAUUCCUCAACUCGACCGUAUCUCUCACGUUUUUGUCUGCGGUGGUGUUGGAAGUAUUGCCGCCGCCAUUUUUCAAGGCUUCUACACUCAUCUCCGUGGAAACCAAAAGUCGCCUACUCAAAUGCCCCGUUUUGUUGUUGUUGAACCCUCCGAGGCGGACUGUCUACUGCAGAGUGCAAAGAAUGGCCAGGAGCGUCAGUCUAAAGGUACACUGCGUACGCUAAUGGCUGGUCUAGCUUGCCGCGCACCUUCUCCAGCCGCGUGGAAGAUCCUCACCUGGUUGGCCAGUGAUUUCAUUGCUGUUCCAGAUUCAGUUGCGGUAGAGGGUAUGAAGGCGUUGGCUAAUGGCGAUGAGGGUGAUGUUCCUGUGGUGUGUGGUGAGUCGUCGGCUGCUAGUAUGGGUGUUGUGCUAGGAUGUGGCUCAGAUUCGAGCCUUCGUGAGAAAUUAGGAUUGGAUGGGAAUAGUCAGGUCAUCAUUUUCGGCCUCGAGGGCGCAACAGACCCCGAGAUCUACGAAUCACUUGUGGGGAAACCGCCUGUUGAAGUGUUUGAGGCUCAGGAUUGUUUCGCUACCAAGAACUAG